UCCGCCUCUCGCCUGCUCUCCAUGGCUGGUUGCAGGCAGGGGGCGGGCUUUCCGGAACGCGCGCGGGCAAGGUCAGACGCAGGGAAUCUUGUUCCUCACUGCUUAAGACAUGGCUUCACUUUCAGAAUAUGCACUGCGUAUGUCUCGUCUGAGUGCCCGGAUCUUUGGUGAAGUGGCCAGGCCUACUGAUUCAAAGUCCAUGAAAGUGGUGAAUAUAUUCAGUGAACAGCCCUUGGCCAAAAAGAAAGAGACUUAUGACUGGUAUCCAAAUCACAACACGUAUUUUGCGCUCAUGGGCACACUCCGUUUCCUUGGCCUUUACAGAGAUGAGCAUCAGGAUUUUAUGGAUGAGCAAAGACGUCUAAAGAAGCUCCGUGGAAAGGGGAAACCAGGGAAAGGAGAAGGGAAAAGGGCUACAAAGAAGAAGUAGUAUCAGCUCACUAAGGAAGAAAAUUCCUUCUUCAGUGACCAAGGAAGUGUGUCUCAUUAACUUUUCACAUAUUAGAGGAAGGUGGCCUUCCUCAAUCGACAUCAACCCAUGUUUGCAUCCACUUCACUUAAGCUGUGGCUGGUUUCUUGAAGAUAUUUACAUUGGUUUUGUAAUCUGAAGUUUACCUCCUUCUCUAAUGGAAUAAAUAAACUGUUGUUUAGCGGUUUGUUUAAAGGGAGUGGAAUAUUGCGGUUGGAGCUGGGGGAACUCCCUAAAUAGCAUCCUGUACUCUCCUUAUUCCUCCAUUACUUCCCCACCCAGCCCUAACCUUUUGGCCAUUCAGCCUUUGUCUUCACCUUCAGGCUUACUAUUUUGAAGGUGCCUCAAUGAGCUUAAAAGCUUUCUGGGAAAGUGGGUAUUGAAUGCCUAGUGUAUACAAGGUACUGGAGCCUUCAUAAUAGUGUGAUAAUUUUUACCUCAUGGAACUUGAAGUCUUAUAGAAGAGUCUAAUAUAAAUACAUAUAUUUAAUGCAA